AUGCGGAAAGGGGGAGAGGGCAGGCGGUCUCCCAAGGAGUACAGCAAAGAUGGAUGGGGGUCUGAGCUGGGCUGGUCUUCCAGGAGCCAAAGAAAGUCAUUCAGAGCCUCUAGUCCCCUCUCUCUAUCUCACCUGGAUAUGUGGGACAAGAGGUCACACUUCAAAGCUCACUCCUCGGUAUGGAGCAAUGAGGGAGGUGUAUCCGGGCCAGGACUCUUUUCUUCACAUAGCUCCAGCUCCCCUGGCAGUGAUUGUGAGAUGAGUCUCAGGGCUUCAUCAGGCAUGAGACGGUGGCAGUCAUUAUCUCGCCUGGCCCCCGACGGUGCCCCACGGUCCCUGUCCCCUUCCCCGGGGGCAGAGCUCCGAGCGGCACUGGCAGAGAGUGGGGCGAGGAGAGCGGAGCUUGUCCAAAGGCUCCGGGAGGCCCAGGAGAGGCUCGACAGCCAGACGGACUUACUGAAAGCCAGAGACACGCAGCUGCACCACAGCCAGACGACUGCACAGCUGCUGGAGCUGAGGCACAAGCAGCUGGCAGAUGCUGUGAGUGCCCUGGAGCAGGAGAAGGAGACGGCUGAGUUGUGCCGGUUUGAAGAGAGUCGGCGCCGCAGUGAGCUGCAGGACAAGGUCCUGCAGCUGGAGCUGGACAUGCUGAAGAUGAGGUCAAUGCUGGAGAGAAGGAGCCCUGUACCACCAGCCCACCCUCUGCUCGGUAGCACUGCCUACCAACCCUCACUCAGCAGAACCUUACCUACCACCCAGGAGGACUUCGGCAAGCAGGAGAAGCAGCAGGUGGAGAGAGAGCUACGGGAGGCAAGAGAGGCCUUGAGAGAGAGCCAGGAGAGGCUGGAGUCUCUGGAGGCUGAGAGAGAGCAGGCCCUCCAUCAGCUCCGCUCUGCCAAAGAGGGUCACCUGACAGUGCUCAGUCAGGUAGAGGAGACCAAUCAGAGGCUGAGCAGCUCCAUGCAGGCCCAGAGUGAGCUUCAGGACAAGCUGAGUGAUGCCCGCAGUCAGCUAGGGCAGGCGAGCCUGGAAAGAGAUCUACUGUCCUCUAAAUUGCUGAGGAUGGAGGAUAACCUGGAGGAUGUGAAAGUCAAGCUGACUGGGGCGAUGGCUGACAAGGACCGCCUCAUGCAGGAGAAGGCAGAGCUGCACCAGCGUGUUCAGAGCCUGGAGCUUCAGCUGGAGAGAGCUCAGCGCGGCCAGGAGGGCUUCACAGACCAAGUGUGUGAGCUGCAUGGGGAGCUGGUGGAGGCCAAAGCCCAGGUCAACCGGCAGGACAAGGAGAAACUCCAGAUGAAGGAGGAGCUGCACACCAUCAAACAAUCAAACGAAAGGAUGACAUCAGAGUUAGAGGAGGCAAGACGAAGGCUGGAGGCUGUUUUGAGCCAGCUGCAUGAGCUGGAGGCUGAGAAGGUGAUUCACACCAAUCAGAUUUCAGCACUGGAGACAGAACGUUCACAGCUAUUGGGGGAGAGGGAGGAGCUGCUCAGCGCUGCACAGCAGAGCAACCAGGAGGAAGUGACAGUACUGAGGGAGAACUGCCAUGAACUCAGAGAAUCCCAGAAUGCCCUCCUUCAGGAGAACCAGGAGCUGCAGAGUCGUUGCCAAACGCUGGAAGCAGGGAUUCUUGAGAGAGAGGCAGAGCUUCAGCGGAAAGGAGAGGAGAAUGAACGGAGGGAAGCUGAGAUGGCACAGGAGGUGGAGGAGUUGCGGAGGGUGGUGUCACACUGGAAGGAGAGGUGGCAGGAAGUGGCGCUGGCUUCGCGCUUGGCUCAGGAUGAGCUGGAGGACAUCCGGAGGCGGCAUUCUGCAGAAACUACCCAGCUUAAAGAGGAGGCAGCACGACUGGCCCAGGAGGUGGAGAGACUCCAGAGAGAGUUCCAGAGCAGCCAGGACCAGGCCCAGAAUCUGCUGCAGCAGAAGGUUGAAACGGAGGCAGAGCUCAACAGAGUCAAGAGAGAGGCUGGAGCUCUGGCGAAGGUGGAGCUGGAUGCCUGCAGACAGCAGCUGGAGCUGGAGAGGAGCAGGAGCCAGGCUCUACUGCAAAGACUCAGCAGCAGCCCUGAAGUGGAUGGGGAGCUGAGCCAGGUGAGGGCAGAGUUACAGAAGGUGUGGGACAUGCUGCGGGUGCGAGACAGUGAGCUGGAGGAGCAGCAGCAGGAGCUGCAGUCUGCACGUGGACAGGUGUCACAGCAAAGCAGUGAGGUGCAGAGACUGGAGGAGCAGCUCACAAUGAGGGAGCAGGAGCUGGAGCAGAAGGAGCGAGUGCUGAACAAUCUGCAGAGGCUGAGAGAGACAGAGCGCAAUGAGAUGCAGCUCACCGUCUCCUCACUGGAGAUGAAGCUGGCUGAGCUGAGGGAAGAGAGGGCUGGGGAGCUUCAGAGGAGGGGAGGUCCAGGGCCUGUCAGCUGCUCUGACCCUGUAGCUCUGCGUCCAGAUGCACUGCGGGCUCAGGUAGAGGAGAUCAGGAGGAGGACUGCACAGCUGCAGGUGGAGAGAGACCAGGCAGUGCAGACUCUGCAGGAGCUGCAACAGGGCAAAGCAGAGAGAGCACCUCCUGAAAGCAAAAAGGAAAUUUGCUCAGAAAACCCUGACCAGGACAAACAGAGGAGGAUGGUAACUGAGCAGCUGAAGAGUCUGUUCAAGGAGAGGGAACAGCUGGCACGGGCAUAUGACAAGUCACCAGGGGCCCAUAGGCGGGGGCGUUCACCGCAGGAAUGGGCCACACAAUCAAAGGUUAUCAAGAAUGCUCUAGACACACUGAACAACCAGAAGAAGAGAGAACAGGAGCUCCUGCAGGAGGGGGAACGUCUGCAUGGGGCAGCAGACAGGGCUGUACCUGAAGGACGGCAGGACGCAUCGGAUAAUUCACAGCUUCAGGAACAAAAGCAAAUGGUCCAUCUUAAAGAGGAGCUUCACAGCAAGACUAUUAAGAUGUCAGCAAUGAGUGUGGAAAUCAACAAUCUGAGAGAGAAAAAUGACAAUCUGCUCCAAGCCAAGCUGAGAGACCAGCAACAGAUCCAGGAUUUGAGAGGGAUAGCCCCAUCAGGAGGAGAAGGGAAAUCAGGGCCAGGCAUUCCCGAUAUGAUUGACAGCCCUGUGGAGGGAAAUAGCCCUGUGGGGUCCUUCUUCCACUGUGAAGAUGGGACAUACCUGGCCAGGCAAGUAAAGGUUCGUGGCUCUGAGGAUGAAGAGGAAGAAGAGGAGGAGGAAGAGAAGAAGAGUGUAUCAGUGUUGGGGGAAGCUGGGGGGCAUGACCUGCAAGACUCCUGGAACUGGGAUGGUGCCUCCACCCCUACCUGCACCAAUGUUCCAUCCAUACGCCUCCUUCGGUCCCACUCCACAGAAACCCUCAGCCUCCCGUUCUUUCUGCCCAGCCGAGGCCCUGACCCCUAUCCACUCUCUCCCCUCAGCUGUGCAGGAUCCCAGGAAUGCCUGCUUUCACCACGGCCCUACCGACCACAGCCCACCAGAAGCUUUCGUUCUGCAGAAAACUCCCCUAGAGCAGCUUCUACACCCUCUUUAGAGCUAAAAUAG